AUUUGCAAGUCGUGACGUAACCGUCAAUGAUCAGCUCACACUUUACGGAGCAGUAGCUCUACACGGACCUUGGGCUCUGACCCCUUUGAUAAAGUGUUCUGCCUGGACAUGUGUGGAAGGACUGCCUGCACCCUGGCACCCGAUGAGGUGAGCCGGGCCUCAAAAUACAGAGACCGAUCAGGGAGACAGAGACGACCUCAAUGGCGGGAUGGAGACAUGGACAAAUACCGACCCUCAUACAACAAGAGCCCUCAGUCCAACAGCCCAGUGCUAUUGUCCCAUAGACAUUUCAAGAAGGAUGCGCCUGUAGAUGAGUUUGUCCUGGCUGCCAUGCGCUGGGGUCUUGUCCCUGCCUGGUUCAAGGAGGAUGACCCAAGCAAAAUGCAGUACAGCACCAACAACUGUCGACGAGAAGGCCUGAUGGAGAAGAAGACAUACAAGGAUCCCCUUUUGAAAGGUCAACGCUGUGUCAUUUUGGCUGAUGGCUUCUAUGAAUGGAGGAGGCAGGAUAAGGACAAGCAGCCGUUUUUCAUCUACUUUCCCCAAAGCAAGCAAACACUGCCGGGCUCUGCGGACACUCAGUGUAACGACAAUGUCAAACAAGAAGAAUGCCCGCCAGAGGAGGAGACGGCAGAGCAAGAAGAGGGUAAGGACGAGGGGGAGGAGAGCAGCUGGACUGGCUGGCGGCUGCUGACCAUGGCUGGUCUGUUUGACUGCUGGACACCCCCCUCUGGUGGGGAGCCUGUCUACACAUACACAGUCAUCACAGUGGACGCCUCAUCUGAUCUGCAGGGCAUCCACGACAGAAUGCCUGCGGUGCUGGAUGGAGAGGAGGAGGUGAGGCGAUGGCUUGAUUUUGGAGAAGUGCGAUCGCUGCAGGCCCUGGAACUCUUGAGUCCCAAAAACGUGUUGAAGUUUCACCCCGUCUCCUCCUUUGUCAACAACUCUCGUAACAACUCCCCAGAGUGUCUGCAGCCAGUGGAUCCUAACAUCAAGAAGAAGCCAGUGGAGACAGCCAGCAGUAAAAUGAUGAUGAGCUGGCUGAAGAGCUCCACGCCCGCUAAGAGGAAGGAAGCGGAGGACUCCUCCACUGACACUGCUGAGGAAAAUAAAGCCCCCGCACCAAAGCAGCCCAAGACCACCACAGGGCCCAUGCAGCAAUGGCUUCUGGGAAAGGGCACAAACAAGAAGUAAAAGGACUUGAAGGGGGUUUUGUGACGAAUAACUCUUGUAGAGUUUGAGCCUUAAAAUGUGAGGCCAGUAAUCCAGUAAUUCCAUAAUCUCCAGCAGCAAGUUUGCAAACCCCAUGGCUUUUUUGUAACUCUUUGUACUGUAGUUUUCUAGUAGUGUACUCUGGUCUUCCUGUACAAUGACCAAUGCGCAUCAUAAACCAUCAUGUCUCA